CAUGAGGCGCCAAAUUGAUUUUAAAAUGGCUGAAAGUGAAGAAGGAGAUGAUUGUGCUGAAAAGUUAACCGUGAAAUACAUUGGUCAAAAGGUGUCAAAAGUAAGAUGGAAGCCUACUUACUAUGGUCAACUACAAGAAUCUGAUGUGUUUGUAACUGGAGCUUGGGAUGAUGAGAGAAACCUCAUCAGUGUUUGGACCACAAACGAGAAUAGCAGGGGAGAGUAUUUUGAUAACGAUGCAUUAAAUGGAGAACCAGAACUGUUGUGUUCUUUGGUACAUGAUGGAUCCGUGUCGGACAUGCAAUUUGUGACCUCGGACUGUUUUGUCACAUCGUCUUCUACUGGCAAUGUCGGUUUCUACGAGAUAUCUAAAGAUGAAAGUAAUAUACAACUGGCCAGAGAAUGGACCUCGCUGCAUUGCCAUAAAAACAAAGAUUCUUGCGCAUGCACCAGCAUUACGGUUAGCCAUUCUAAUGCAGCCUCGGUUGGGGAAGAUGGGAAAAUCAACGUUUUGCAUCUGGAGCGGAAAGAGCCCUUGCGGACCAUCGAUAAUGCAGAAUGCGUGGCAAUACGAAGUGUGAAGUACACACAGACAAGUGAAAUUGUGACAGGUGGAGCGACAGGGCAGCUCAAACUAUGGGAUCUGCGGCAACCAGCCAAAAAACCAUCUAAGACUAUGAUUCUGUCCGGCGAUAAAGUUUCGCUUGAAAGCGUAGAAAGACAUCCCCACCAGCCUUGUCUCCUAGUAACAGGUGCUGCCGAUGGGAUUAUCGGUGUUUGGGACUUGAGGCAUGAAAGAUACCCUGUCACUCUAAUUGAAGCGCACGAAAGCGAAGUAUGGGAAGUGAAAUUCCACCCUCAGAGUCCGGACAACCUGUUUACAUGUUCCGACGAUGGAUCAGUUUGGUACUGGGAUGGUACAUCGAUCGGAGGGACAACAUCAACAGCUCAAAGUGGCGAAAGAUACGGGGCUUUGCCACUUCCAGAUGUUGAAGGGAGAGACGCAAGGAUGGUGAAUCAGCAGGCUUCGUCUCCAUGGCUAUUCGUAGACACAAACAAACAUUACCUGGAGACUUACUCGUUGCUGCCUGCCAACAGUCUUCCUGUAAACUCUUUAGAUAUUAUUUCCAAAUCUCUUGUCUGUGGAACAGAUGGUGAAGCAGUCAUAAUUGUGCAAGAUCUCCCUAUAAAGUAAACAUAUUGCGUAUUUAUAUGUAUGUCUAAAGUCUAAUUCUGUCGCAAAUUAAAAAGCCGGUAACUUUGUAG